AUGACGUUAGAGUCGCGGCGCCGUUACCUAUCGCUAACAAUUGUGGCCAUACUAUCGCUUGAGUUAGUGCUCAUUGGGGAGCAUAUGUUGCCCGUCCAGGGGCUCAAUAGACGGGAUCCCAUUAUCAUUAAGACCAUACUAUCGGCAGUUUCUACUCAAAUCCAAGAAUAUAUACAGUUAUGUGACUUCGGUUUGUCCAAAGAAGUGGAUCUAUUGAGCGAUCGAUACAAACAAAGUAGUGUUAAACACACCAAAGAUGUGGGAAAUGUUGAUUAUAUGGCACCCGAAGGACAGACCACUGAAUACAACCAUUUAAUAGAUGUCUAUAGUCUGGCACUCAUUGGAGCGAAAAUAUUUGGUUUCGAUUCCAAGGAUAUUAGAGACGGA